GUUCCAAAUCCCAGCUCCCAAACCCUACACAGCCGAGAGAGAAAGAGAGGGAGAGCGAGAGAGAUGAAGUACAAUCCAAGAGUCACCAGCUCUCGCCGGAAAUGUAGGAAGGCGCACUUCUCCGCGCCAUCCAGCGUCCGCCGUGUGUUGAUGAGCGCACCCCUUUCUACAGAGCUGCGCAGCAAGUACAACGUCCGGUCAAUCCCAGUCCGAAAAGACGAUGAGGUACAGGUUGUUCGUGGUACCUACAAGGGCCGUGAAGGUAAGGUUGUUCAGGUCUACCGUCGCAAGUGGGUUAUCCAUAUCGAGCGGAUCACUCGUGAGAAGGUUAAUGGGCAAACAGUCAAUGUAGGCAUCAACCCUUCAAAGGUUGUCGUCACUAAGCUCAAGCUUGAUAAGGACAGGAAGUCGUUGCUUGACCGGAAGGCGAAGGGCCGUUCCGCUGAUAAGUCAAAGGGAAAGUUCACCGAGGAUGAUGUAGCCGCCGGUGCCUCUCUCCAAGAGAUCGAUUAGGUUUUUCAUUUUUCUGGUAUCUUAUUAAAUGCUUCUUUUGAAUAUGUUAUGUUACAUUGAGGAUUGUUUUUGGGAAUUCUUGUUGAUCCUACAGAUUUCAUCAGUUUAAUGCGCUUUACCUUACUUUAUCACGAA